CGGCGCCGCGCCGGGACUCGCCCCGUCACCGGGGAGGAGGCGGAGCCGGAGCCGGCGGGGCCGCGGCGGCGGCAGGUGCCGGCGGCGGCGGGAUGGUGGCGGCGGCGGCCGGCGCGGGGCCGUAGGGCAGCGGCGCGCCCGGCCGACAGCGGGGACGCCAUGGGCAGCGGCGGCGGCCCCCCGCGCCCCGCCGCGCCUCUGCUGCCGGUGCUGGCGGUGCUGGCGGUGCUGGCGGCCGGGGCGGCGGAGGCGCGGGCCACCUCGGAGAGCCAGCUGCCCGGCGCCGCGGCGAUGGGCACCGGCACCCCGCCGAGCCCCAGCGGCACCGCUUUCGAGGAGACGCGGCUCCACGUCUUCACCCUGGACUACCCCCACGUGCAAAUCCCCUUCGAGAUCACCCUCUGGAUCCUGCUGGCCUCCCUCGCCAAGAUCGGCUUUCAUCUGUAUCACAAGUUGCCCUCAAUAGUACCUGAAAGCUGUCUCCUUAUUCUGGUUGGAUUGCUUCUUGGUGGGAUUAUUUUUGGAGCAGAGGAGAAGUCUCCGCCUGUAAUGAACAGUGAUGUUUUUUUCCUGUAUCUUUUACCACCCAUUGUACUCGACGCUGGAUAUUUUAUGCCAACUCGUCUUUUCUUUGAGAACUUUGGUACCAUAUUCUGGUAUGCUGUGGUGGGCACGCUCUGGAAUGCCAUUGGCAUUGGAAUUUCACUUUAUGGAAUUUGCCAGAUCAGUGCAUUUGGUUUGACUGAUAUCACAUUGCUGCAGAAUUUGCUUUUUGGCAGCCUCAUUUCAGCUGUGGAUCCUGUGGCGGUGUUAGCUGUUUUUGAAAAUAUUCAUGUCAAUGAGCAGCUUUACAUCCUGGUGUUUGGAGAGUCUUUGCUGAAUGAUGCUAUAACUGUGGUCCUGUACAAUUUGUUCAAGUCUUUCUGCCAGAUGCGCACAAUUAAGGUUAUUGACAUAUUCGCUGGGAUUGCUAACUUCUUUAUAGUGGGGAUCGGUGGAGUAUUGAUUGGAAUCCUUUUGGGAUUUGUAGCAGCCUUUACCACCCGUUUCACGCAUAAAAUCCGAGUGAUUGAGCCACUCUUUGUCUUCCUGUACAGUUACUUGUCAUACAUAACAGCCGAAAUGUUUCAUCUCUCGGGCAUCAUGGCGAUUACAGCUUGUGCCAUGACCAUGAAUAAAUAUGUGGAGGAAAAUGUUUCUCAAAAAUCCUAUACGACAAUAAAAUAUUUCAUGAAGAUGCUGAGCAGUGUCAGUGAGACCUUAAUCUUCAUCUUCAUGGGAGUGUCAACAGUUGGGAAGAACCAUGAGUGGAACUGGGCCUUCGUUAGCUUCACCCUCCUUUUCUGUUUAAUCUGGAGGGCACUGGGUGUUUUUGUUCUGACUCAGAUCAUUAAUGUUUUCCGGACAAUUCCUCUCACUUUUAAGGACCAAUUUAUUAUUGCCUACGGAGGCCUUCGAGGAGCUAUUUGUUUUUCACUUGUAUUUCUGCUUCCUCCUGCUGUGUUUCCCAGGAAGAAAUUGUUCAUCACUGCUGUUAUCGUGGUGAUAUUCUUUACCGUUUUCAUUCAGGGAAUAACAAUUCGUCCACUGGUGGAGUUUCUUGAUGUCAAAAGGUCAAAUAAAAAGCAGCCUGCUGUCAGUGAAGAAAUUUAUAACAGGUUCUUUGACCACGUGAAGACUGGAAUUGAAGAUGUGUGUGGACACUGGGGUCACAACUUUUGGAGAGAUAAGUUUAAAAAGUUUGACAAUAAAUACCUGCGAAGACUUCUAAUCCGGGAGAACCAGCCCAAAUCCAGCAUUGUUUCUUUAUACAAGAAGCUGGAAAUCAAACAUGCCAUUGAGAUGGCAGAGAGCGGAAUGAUAAGCAAGGUCCCAUCGUCGGUAUCACUCAGUGAAUAUCAUGAAGGAAAGAUAAAGCCACUUUCUCCCACUGAAAUGGAAAAUAUGCGGGAAAUAUUAACAAAGAAUCUCUAUCAAAUACGACACCGAACAAUGUCAUAUAACCGUCAUAGCCUGGCUGCAGAUGCAAAUGAAAAGCAGGCCAAAGAGAUUCUGAUCCGUCGCCGGCACAGCCUUAGGGAGAGCCUGAGGAAAACAAACAGCCUGUCAAGAGAAAGACCGGCUGCUGCAAAUACGAAAAGAUUCCUUUCACUUCCUAAAAACACAAAACUCCCAGAGAAACUACGAGUGAGAAAUAAAACAUCUUCCAGAGUGGGCGACAGCAGUGACUCUGAGAUGGAUGCCGCGACGACAGUCCUCAAUCUAAGACCCAGAGCAGGGAAAAUCUUGAGAGACCAGAGACUGAGACAGCAGAGGCCACCACCUGAGUUUAGGGUGGAGUGGAAGAACGAAGUUGAUGGGAGCCAGGACAGACAAGGAGAGCAGCAGGAGCCAAGCACCUUGCCUCAGCCAUCCAUUGGGUUCAGGCAGCCCCUGCUAACAAGACCAAGAUUUGGCACUUUGAGUAGUGAAGAUUUGACUGCAGACCAUGGGUCAGCACGACCCGUGCCACCACCACGGUUAGUCAGGCAGGCAUCACAAGGGGAAAGGCAGAGAAAUAAGCCUGAGAACCAGCCGUACUGAACCUAGCAAAAAGAGACCUAUUGGUAAUAAACUAUGGACGUAUUGAAUUAGGAUUUGAAACUAUCUGAUCAGACUAUGGGAUCCAUUAAAAAAAAAUCACCAAGCCUCAGUGUGGAUCUAACAACUUCCAUUUGGGUAAAGUCAAUGCCAUUAACUAAGUAAAAGGAAUACUGGAACAAUUGCAACGCUGAAGACAUUUAAAAAAAUUAUCUCUUUUAUAAAUAACUUAUGGCAAUGCUUUAAUUACAUUAUUUCCAUUAUUAAGAUAGAACGGAAAUGUGCCUUAUCACAUCAUCUCUUGUGGAACCAAGUCAUGCAGGUUCAAUACCCAGUUAUCCAAUGAAAAUCAUUGUUGAAAGUCCAGUGAUGAAAGGAUUCUUUAAAAAAUUUUGUAUCAUUUCAGAUUUUAUUUAUAAUCAAAUAAUACUUGUUUUAACCAGAGCUUUAAUAUGAGUAACACUGAAAAUUGCACAAUGCACCUACCAUAUAGACUUUGUAAGAAGAGUAAAUAUAUUCCUGAAGCCCAGUUUGUUGAAAGAGCUGUGAUGCAGAAAAAGAAGAGAAGGAACAGGCUGUAGGAGCAGGAUUGCAAAUACAGUUUAUAGAAAGGAGUUGCAACAGAGACAAGACCUGAAUAGCUUGAAUUGUUACUUCCUGAAUUUUUGGCAAUAUGUUACAUUUGAAAGGUACUGAGGAUUACCUAAGGAAAUCUGAAUUACUUUGACUUUCACUAAUGUCAACAUGAGCUGAGAGUACCUAGCAGGACACCAGAAGCCCUAAAAAGAGAAAACUUCAAGCGGAUAAAUAAUGUUCUUAUUCAAAAUUGCUUUUUGCACCUUAGUUUCUUGGUUGCAGUACAAACACAGCAGUAGAAUAGUUGCAGAGUACUGCACGUAGACAAAGCAAGCAGCCUCCUGUUUGAGUCAGGGACCACUGAGACUCAAGAAAGCUGGUUCAGUCACAUUUGUGAGCCUAGUCAACUUGUUUUACUUUUUGUUUCAUCUGUAAAAGGGGAAAGAUAGUAUUUUCUCUGUCUGAACUAUGCACUCCAAGGAACAAAAAUGUUCCAUCUAAUUUGUUUGUACAGAGAAGUAGCACAGCAAGGCCCUGAAAUCGGUUGAAGUCACUGUGCACCUUAAUAACACACAUAAGAAACAUGGACUACUUCAUCCCAGUGUAAAUGGCUGCCAUUUGAGUGCAUACGGGAAGGGAGGGUGCAUUAAAAUAAAUGAUACUUAACUGUAGCUCUCAGGAAUUUGCACUUUCUGUCCCACUUAAUCUGUCUUAAGUUUUGAGCUUGCUUUAGCACAGAUACACAUUUCAGCACAAUGCAGAAAUCAUUUUCAUGCUACAUGUUACAAGAUUGAUAGCUUCCAUUGAAGAAUGUACACUGUGAAAUCAUAACUUUUCUUUUUCAUUUGCGCGUUUCUAAAUCUGUGGGCAAUAAGAUUAAUUUUUUUUUAUUCAAGCUUGUCUUGAAAGAACUAUUAAAAAUCAGAAUUUUCUUUUAAAAUCACAGGGUAGAUUUCUUUCAAAGGUUCAUGGGUGGAGUUAAUAAAUUAGUUUUAUAAUUGGGGAUUUAAGACUUUCUUCUAACGGCUUUGCCAAAAUAUUUAUUUCAUGUAUGUAUUUGAAAUGUCAAACCUUGUUAAACUCUUGUAUUGGCACAUGUCUUUUAGUCUUUUUCUUCGGUUUCAGCUAUGGAAGUUUCUGCUGUGUGUGAAAUGCAAAGUCUAAGAUGUAGAGGAAUGGCUAUGUGAACCCUAGAAAUCUGAGUCAAAUGUUUAUGGCUAUUCUCAACAAAUGAUUUUUGUGGAAGGCAAUACUUAACUAUCCUUUAAUGAUCAUCUCCUCUUUGGAAAUAAAACUGAGUUCAAACAAAGCCAGCAAGCUUUAAAAACAAAUUUAAACUUGUCUUUCAAUGGGAAAAUAUGUUUCAUCACUGAAACUGUCAGUGAGUACUCUGUUACUGAAUUAUUGGGAUCAAGUCUGAGUAAUAAGCCUUCAGUUUGGAUUUCAGUUUUGAAACCAUGUCCUCCUUGCAGAUCAGACUGUUUAGAUUAGGUGUUUUAUAUCAGGCUCAUCUGAAAUCUGACCAAAUAAAUAAAUAAAUGUGAAAUGUUGCACAUCAACAUUUAGUUUACUCCCUGUGGAGUUUUCUCAUUCACCUGCUGGUAAUGACCAAGCAAUUGGCUCGUAUCUGGGGAAAGCUGCCUUUUUUUUUCACAUGGAUAUCAGUUUUCAUGGCACAAUUUUAAGUAAUGAAUGCAGGUUUCAGGAACCUUACUGCUUUGCUGGUUGUCCGUUAGUAUGGUGCACGCUCAGAUCAUUGGUACUUAAAUUGCGUGCCCCACAGUAUAAGCACAUCAAAUUGGAGGUCAUUUUUAUGAAAUGUGGUCUUAAGCUCUUGGUGCUGCAAAAAAUGCUAGCAUGCUGUUACCUUUCCAAAGCACUUUGAGAUCCACAGAAUACAAGCAUCAAGGCAGAUCUCCAGCAUGGUUACACUGUGAAGCAGAAGCACAGGUCUCCUGGAACUCUGUCUCCUUGUAAGUGCUCUUUUCCUUCCUCACUCCUGCUCCUCCCACCCUUUUCAGGCUCUUUUGCACUAGUGCUGGGUCAGACCCUCAUCACCUCUGGGAACUACUUUUCUGGGUGUUCUCCUUUUCAGCAGCAGUGGCAGGAGCAGGUGACACAGGCUAUAUCCCAGGUAGCCCUUCUUAUUCAACUCUUGCUCUGGUUUGGGUCAGAGGUUUGCCGUUUCCUAUCUUUUUUGUUUCUUUUCCUGCAAAGGAAAAGCAAGUUCAAUAGCACAUUUUGAUCCUUCUAAAAGGCCUUCAGCUUGCUGAGGAGAAUUUUCCUUCACGUUCCCAUCAGUUUGCUGGAGAACGGAAUCACCAGUAAAUCUGUCCUCGAGCACCAUCUGAUGGGGAAAGUCAUGUACUGACUGGGAACGUUCUUCACUUUUUCAGGAAACCACAUCUUCAGCAGUGACUGGGAAACUCUCCAAAUCCACAUACAAAUUUUUUGUUUCCAGAUGGACUCCCCAGUACGCUCUGUAGCAUAUUUUACUGCCUUGGUGUGGAAGCACAAUGCACAGUUGCUCAGUUUUAGGGACAGUAGGAAAAACGUGUUACACUCUGAAUUAGGGUUUUCCCUAAUUCAAGGGAAAUUUUAAAUUUUAAGGGGUGUCCUACUUGGUACUGAAGUACAAUUCAAACUUCACUGAAACCAAAGGUGUUCAACAAAAGAGAACCAUGCUGAGUAACAGUUCAGAAACUCGAGAAUAUCCUCUCCACCAAAGCCCCAUUGAAAUCACACGGAGAAACAAAGUUAAAAAUUUGGCCAAAGUAAUAUACAUGCUGUUAUGAAGAAUAUCUUGGGGUCUUUACGAGCAAACACACUGCACAACCUUUUUCAAGAGAUGCCAAGUCCACCAAUUGCACACACCAGCAACAUUUUAAGGCAGACACUGCAAGAAAUGCUUCAGCUGGUCGCCAUUUCCAAAAUUGCCUUAAGUUCUUCCAACACCCCCUAGCCUCUAAAGAAAAGAUGGAUUUUGAAAUUGGCUGAAGAAAUGCUUUUUUUACUACUAGAGAUCUGAUCCUAUAAAAAUAUGCUUGUGAAUAUGCUUAAAUCAUGACAUCUGCAAUACACAGCCCCAGCCAAGCCAACAAUAGAUUGCAGACCAGGCCAGAAAACGUGACAGAGGGGGGUAUCAAGUCCAAGCAUGAGAAGGAGGAACUGCUUUAGGACACAGUAGAGAGAGAAAAGUCAUAGACUACCUGAUUCAGGUGCUAUUCAAGUCUAAGAGAGAGGACUAAUAGUCUUUUUUUAAUCUCUCAUUUUAGCAGAUGACAUAACGUGAACUUUCUAGAUAAACCUGCAGCUGCACUUGACAGUUGUGUGAACGACCACAAGGCAACUGUCUUACAGCUUUCAAGUCAAAGAGUUUCAUCCCCCUCUCAGCCCGUUUAUUAGAGAGCCAGCUAAAUGGGGAGCGACUUAAAAUAUAACAAUAAAGAAAUGCAUGGCAGCUUCAUUCUCCUCUGAACAAUCUAAAGGACCUUAGCAUUUGGGAGUUAAUCAAAACUGGGGCUGAAAAUUGCUCAUUCGGGAUACCGUGCUGAGCCACUUGAGAAUCUUGUCCAUCAGAAGGAUUCUUCUUGCAGGUGGUAGAGAGAUCUUCUAAUAGGACAACACGAUGGGAGAUUGGGUUAGCAUCGUUCCUCUCCCAGGUCGGCAAACUCUGAUGUGGCUCCCACACAGCACUGACAUGCUUUGGAAGCUUUUUUAAGCUGUGUGAUUUGACAGAAUAUGAGGGACUGAGACUGAGGAAGGGAAAGCACUAGUUAUGCAAGGUGCUCAGGUGAGCGUUCCUGGUUCAUGAUCAGGUUUAAAUUUGUGGCUUGUGAGUUACAACAGCAGUCUAAUUGCCACAGAUUAUGUUUCAAAAAGUCUUUUUUUUUUGCCACAAAAAGACACUUCAUAUCGAAGACCUCCUAUUUGCUACAAGUUUGACAGAAUGGAAGACCAGUUCCUAUCGUGGAGCACAUCUCAAAAAAAGUUCUCCGAUGUUAAUUUAGGAUUUAAAAUAACUAGAAAUUUGGCUUCAUUUCUCCUUGUAAGUUAACACAGAAGGUUUUCAAGACUUCUCUUUAAAACAAGCUCUACAAACUCUCAUUUUUAUGAGGAAAAGUCUGAGCUCCACUCACGAUCAUCCGAUUCUCAAAGUUCAGGCUCUAAUGUACUCCCUUAACAAGAUUCACGAUCGGCUCUCUGCAAAUGAGUCUCCAAAAUUAUAGCAAUAACAGCACAGUCAAGUCUUGGGUUUUCAAAUCCCAAAGUGUCAGGCUAUAAAGCCUAACUUACCCAGGGGUAUUCCAUAGCACCCAUAUAGAAAUGGGGGCUGGCAGCACCUGAACGUACCCAACAGAGGUUCCAGUCAGCUAGAACGUGACGGCAUUAGAGAGCGCUUGAAGUUAAGGAGCGAGCCAGUCGGUAAGCAAUGCUUGUCC